AUGAGUGCUGCCGUCGCCAUGGCUCCGUCUCCGGCUCCCCACGAGAGACAGUCCUUCUCUUCGGAACUGCAGCCUCCCUCGACCGCCCCGGCCACCGGCCACCCACCCGCCCAGUCGCCCUCAUCAGCCCAGAGAACCCCGCUCGUUGCUUCGCCGGCCGCGAGCGCCGGCAAGAGUGCCGCCCCUCGCAAGUUUGGCGGCAGCAACAGUCCCAAGGCCCCCGGACCCUCGGCUGCGGCCAAGUCCUCGCCUCCCGGCGCUUCUCGGGCGGACCCCAAACAUCCCAAAAUCGUCGUGAAAAAGGAGCCUGGAUCGCCGACUCUAUCGAACACGCGACCCCGACCCCGAAAACUGGACCUCUCCAAGAACACGAAUGCUACCUCCAACGUACCGGCUUCCGCCGUGCCCAUGUCCGCCCGCGACAAUCUGGGCAUCCAGGAGGUUGGCAUUGCUUGUCUCUCUCCCGGCUUUGUAACCCAGGACCCUGUCAUGAACCAACAGCUCCAGCGCAGCUUGAGUGUGCGGGAGCAGCAGCGCCAUAUCAUCGAGGCCAGAUUGCAGCAGUCUGCCAAGGGCGACGGGCCCUCAGAUAAGGACAAGGAAAUGCCGCCGCAGUUUGCCGCCAAGACCCCCGGCAUGUCGCGCAGGAACAAGGCGCCUCCCGGGCUGUCCAUCGUGGCCCCGUCGCAUGAGCAGUUUGCCACCGAGAGGGUCAUUCAGUCGGCUCCUCUGGGCCAUAGCUUCACCGGGCGGCAGCAUCCUGCCCCUUUGUCGCGCCAUGUUGUCAACCAGCCCUCGAACCUGUCGAGCACUUCACACAUCCAUCACGUUCCGGCAAACCAAACCAACAAUCGCCUUCCUCCUCUCAGCGACGUUUUUGGGCAGAGCAUGUCCGCGCACCCGGACAAUGCCUCAGCUUCGCUUUACCCUCAUGCCCCGAGGGGCCCUCUGAAAUCCCCGAGUCACCCGCCUCCGCACCGGCAGAUGCCGACCUCUGGCCGCUCGCGGGAAUUCAAAUCCGCCGAGGACGCCCAGCACGAGCUAGCCGGCGGACGGCCGGAGCUUCUUCCAAAGAUUGUUCACUACGGUGGCCACCAGCCUCCUACGCCGCCAUCACCUGCCCCGGGAAGCCGACAGACGGAAGGGACUCGAAGUGCUAGCAAGCGUCGGACACGUGCAGAGUACGAGGAUGGUGGCAGCCCUCCUCUCGGCCACGGCCCCGCCGCCGCCCGCCGCGGGCCCUUUGGCGAAGGUCGAGACAGCCCCGAGACUCAGCGUCAGAAGAAAGAUGAGUUUCUCCGGCUCUGUGCAAGAGCCUGGGAUCUUUUCCACUCGUGA